AUGGCUGCCGGUGUAGGAUGCGGGGAAUCAGUGGAUCAGUACCGGGCCGAGGUGGAACGGCUCACCCAGGAGCUGGCCGAGGCGAACCGGGAGAAGAUCAGGGCUGCGGAGUGCGGUCUGGUGGUGCUGGAGGAGAACCAGGCGCUGAAGCAGAAGUAUGCAGAGCUGGAGACCGAGCAAGAGACUCUCAGGAAGGAGUUGGAGCAAUUACAGGAGGCCUUUGGCCAGGCCUACACGAACCAGCGUAAGGUGGCAGAGGAUGGGGAGACAAAUGAGGAGACGCUGUUGCAGGAAUCGGCCUCUAAGGAGGCCUACUACACGGGCCGUCUGUUGGAGCUGCAGACGGAGGUGACGCUAAGCCGCUCUGUGGCGUCCAAUGCCCAGGCGGAAAAUGAAAGGCUCAACGCACUCGUGCAGGAGCUAAGAGAGAGUAACGAGAUGCUGGAGCUACAGAGGAGCAGGAUGAGGGAGGAGAUCAAGGAGUACAAGUUCAGGGAGACCAGGCUUCUUCAGGAUUACACAGAGCUGGAGGAGGAGAACAUCACGCUGCAGAAACUGGUCUCUACACUCAAGCAGAGCCAGGUGGAGUAUGAGGGACUAAAACAUGAAAUCAAGGUGCUAGAGGAGGAGACUGUUCUUCUCAACAGCCAGCUUGAAGACGCUUUACGUCUAAAGGAAAUCUCUGAGGGUCAGUUAGAAGAAGCCCUGGAUGCCCUCAAGAGUGAGCGAGAGCAGAAGAACAACCUAAGAAAGGAACUGGCCCACCAUAUCAGCCUGAGUGACAGCGUCUAUGGAGCAGGGGCCCAUCUGGCACUCACUGUCACUGGCGUUGAGGGCCUCAAGUUCCCAGAGGAGACAAACGGAACCAACGGCACCAAUGGCAGCGCCAUCCCUACUGCUAAUGGCAAUAAUGAGGACAGCAACCGGCGCAACGGUCACCUCCACACAGGCACAGGGCUGGCUAAGAUGAAUGGGGAGUACCGCCCAGGCCGAAAAGGAGAAGCCCUGCACCCUGUGCCAGAUCUGUUCAGUGAACUCAACCUGUCAGAGAUGCAGAAGCUCAAACAGCAGCUGCUACAGGUGGAGCGGGAGAAGGCAGCGCUGCUCAUGAACCUGCAGGAGUCACAGACCCAACUGCAGCACACACAGGGCGCCCUGACCGAGCAGAAUGAGCGGGUCCAUCGCCUCACUGAACGUGUCAAUGCCAUGAAACGCCUCAAUGGAGACAAAGAGCUUGAUGACCCACAAGAGAGUGAGAAGCCUGACGGUGGCUCUGUAUCACCGCCAGCCAAUGGUCACCAUGAUCCCGAUAUCCACGGGUUUGAGAUCCUGGAGUGUAAGUACAAGGUGGCGGUGACAGAGGUGAUUGACCUGAAAGCAGAGCUGAAGGCCCUGAAGGAGAAGUAUAACCAGGCUGUGGAGGGGCAGGGAGAUAGCCACAGUGACGACAAAGUCCAGGCACUGAAUGAACAGGUAACUCAUUUGGAACGCAGCUGUCGUGAGGGCCGGGAGAGGGUGGUAAGCCUGGAGGCAGAGCUCCGAGUGGCCUCAAGCACAGCCACAGAGAGCCAAGGCAUGCUGAACACAGCACAAGACGAGCUGGUAACCUUCAGUGAAGAACUGGCACAGCUGUACCACCACGUCUGUCUGUGCAACAACGAGACACCCAACCGCGUCAUGCUGGACUACUACCGGCAGAGCCGCGUCACACGCAGCGGCAGCCUGAAAGGCUCAGAUGAUCCUCGGGCUUUGCUCUCGCCUCGCUUGGCACGACGCCUCGCUGCAGCAUCUGCAGCUUGCUCCUCUGAGUCCCCACGCAGUCCCAUGGACUCCCCAUCCAAAGAUGCCCAUCACAAUGAGACAAAUACCAACACAGCGGACUCUUCAUCCUGCCAUAGCAGCCCCACCCGCAACGCCACCGGCUCCCCAGUCAUCAGCAUCUCUCCUUGCCCGUCUCCACUGCCCUCAGAGGCAGGUGGGGACCUGCGGAAGGAGCCCAUGAAUAUCUACAACUUGAAUGCUAUCAUCAGAGACCAGAUCAAACACCUCCAGAGGGCUGUUGACCGCUCACUGCAGCUGUCAAGGCAGAGGGCUGCAGCCAGGGAGCUGGCGCCGAUGCUUGACAAGGACAAGGAGUCAUGCAUGGAGGAACUACUCAAGCUCAAGUCCCUGCUCAGCACCAAGAGAGAGCAGAUAGCCACACUCAGGCUGGUGCUCAAGGCCAAUAAACAGACAGCAGAGGUUGCGCUGGCUAACUUGAAGAGCAAGUACGAGAAUGAAAAGGCGAUGGUGACAGAGACCAUGAUGAAACUGAGGAACGAGCUUAAAGCUCUGAAAGAAGAUGCUGCCACCUUUUCGUCUCUUAGGGCCAUGUUUGCCACAAGGUGUGAUGAGUAUGUCACCCAGCUGGAUGAGAUGCAGAGGCAGCUGGCGGCAGCAGAGGAUGAGAAGAAGACAUUGAACUCUCUCCUCCGUAUGGCUAUCCAGCAGAAACUGGCCUUGACCCAACGCCUAGAGGAUCUGGAGUUUGACAAUGAGCAGACCCACCGUGGCCGUGGCGCUAAAGUGCCCAAGAUAAAAAGCAGCCCGCCCAAAUUUCUUGUAGAUUGUCAGCAGCCUGCUGCCUCAGUACCGUCACUCUCCCCACAACUAAGGCGAGGGAGAGCCUCCCUAGCCCGCAGUCCUAAAUUUGUGGCAGACCUCCAGGAUCACCACGCAGUCCUGUCCCGCAGCAGUAGCCUUCUCUCCCCCUGCGACCCUUGUAACUGUCUGGUCCAACAAGCCCAUCCCCCCGGCACCUAACCUGGCUGCUCCAGCCCAGGCCCUGGCCUGGGUCUGGUAGGAGUCAUGCAGAGACAGAGACACUCUGGAAGGGGGUCCCCCCCCCAACCUCACAGUCCAACCUGGUGCCUAGUGGACUCUGUGACCCCCAACCCCCCAACCCCUACAUGGCCCGGCCCCUGGCAGGCCUCUUGGUUACCUCGGUCGCAGAAGAAGAGCAGGGCGCUCUCAUCUUCUCUGGAAGUGACAUCCUGUCCAAGAAAAGACUGGACCGAGGCUCAAAUGCCAGAGUGACAAAUCAGGGGAAUCUCUUCCCUUAUUCCCACCAGUAUUUAUUUAUAAUUUAUUGAUUAUUUAUUUACAUAUUGAUUUGUGACAAGUUUCUGAGAUAUUUAUUACUGGAAUGUGUUAUUUCUGUGUUUGUUGGUCAUUUUUCAGGAUGGAAAUCAAGAUGUGUUUUACUGCGUGUGGUGAAGACUUCAGUGAUCACAGACACCUUGGCACAUUUAUGGCCAAUUCUGUUCACUUCAAAAAAGGAAAACCAAUGCAACCAAAAACAAAACAGAAUUUCCUCAUUGCAAAUCUUCUUACUGGUCUAGUGAGCAGGUUUAAAACUUGCCUAACCUUACUAUACAUUUAAGAUGUUAGAUUUUGUCAGUAUAAUAAUCAAAAACUAUACAGUAUAUGCCAUUUUUACAUAGGGGUGUGAGAGUACAUUGGGUUUGAAAUUGCAAACAGACUAGUGAAGGUAAGCAUUUCAUUACAAGGAAAUUGUUUCUUGUGGUGGUGAUGGGUGGAUUUCAACUACCUUUCUAAUGCCACUAGUCUUUCUUGGAAUGCCUGUGUUUUUUUAUACAAGUUUUGUUUUGCAAAUCAUGUGCAUAAAGACUAUUUUAUACCUCCUUUUAUUUUUAUUUAUUUUUACAGCAGACUCUGGUGACGUGGUUCUGUCUGUUACGUAGCUCAGAUCUCUGUAGAGACUGAGGUAGAUGAGAGGAAGUUUGAGAUCAGGACUAGGGCUGUUGGCCUGAGUUUUUGCCUUUUGAAUUGCACAGGUGUAGGUGACCAUGGAGUGAUCUGACCUCUUUCUUUUUAACAUUAGCUACGAACUGAGGAUUCCCUCAAAGGUGUGCUUCCUUGUUGAGUUACCGUCACCUUCAUCACCACAAAGUAUUCUCCAUGAGCUUCUUUCUCUGUAUUUGUCAGAAAACAUAUUACCUUUAGUUUCCCAUACCAUGACAAUGAUAGAAAUGUCAACGAAAUUGACACUUCAAGCUACCCUAGUCUGUCAUUGUAGCAUCUCCUUGUUGAGCUGUCUCCACAUGCUUCGUCCAAACAGUAUGCAGUACUGUCCAAGCACAAUUAUGCAGUAUGCAUUAUAGCAAUACAGUAGCACCGGUCGUAGACUGAUCUGGAUGAGAUUUACAUUUAAUCUUUCAGCCAGUUCUGUCACAAUGAACUAACCAGCAGGCUGACUAGAAGAAUAAGACAGCAAGAGUGUCCCCAGCUUUCUUAAAACAGUGGAGACAUGGUUACAGCACUACUGUCAGUUUCCCUUGACACAGUCAAAAUGUUGUUUCUUUGUGAAACACUGUUUUGAUCACAGAGGAGUUGGGCUAAGUCUGACUGAGAUGGAUGUAUUUUGUGACGUUUGUUGCAUAAUUGAAGUCCCCUCUCUGUAUUGUUACGCCCUCAUAAUUUCUUUAAUGUUGAUGUUGUCCUCACAACACAUAACUUCUGCCACAUGGAUAUGAAACGGAUAGACUAAAACAUACAUAGCCAGUAUCGUGUUGUAAUGACAGAUAAAAAAGCAUUUCCUGUUACAAUUGUGGAGAAUGAGUGGACUCUUUCUGUUCUGUGUGUGUACAUUUGUUGGAUUUGUCUUUGUCAACGGUGUAGAUUGUUUGACUUUUGACUACAGAGUGAUGAAAAUAUUUGUGGUCCAAAAGUAGCCUCUGAACCCCAUGCAGGCUCAUUGGUGAGCUAACUCUCUUGGUUUGUUUGCACAAUAUAGCAGUGGAUGGAGAGAGACUAAUCCAGAUAAAGAAAAUAAAAAACUAAAAAACGUGGUUUAAAAAGAAUGAUAGCUGUAUGCUGUACUACAGAGGGUUUUACAGUUUCUCCUCCAUUUAAACUAUUUAAUUGGUUUCACAAGUAAAUUAAAGAUCUGUCCUUGGAUUUGUAUGUGACUUUGUGUGUGUCUGAAUCUCUAUCCCACAAUUUUUUACACAAAUUAUCCAUGUAUGCAUACACGCACACACACACACAGACCAUAUGUUCAUCUGUUGAUGGAUAAUGAUCUGGUCUGGCUGGACAUUUGUAUUAAAUUAAUCUCAGUCUGAGCUAUCAAUCACAUUCCUAUGACAUUUUGUUAGCUGCA